AUAGCUCUGCAGAGGGACAUGUCGCUUCUAAUCAACGAUAUGCUGUAUUUGUUUUGCGUAAGACACCUUACAGUAUCCUUUUUAGCCAUUUUUAUGACUUGAAGCACCCCAAAAUAUUUGUUUCUGAAGCACCAAGUUGGAGAUGCCUCAGCGACUGUGGAGUGACGGCUGGUCGAGUGGGACAUGAAGAGAUGCAGAAGUGCCCAGUUGCCUCCCUCCCCAAUAACUUUGCGGCAUUGCUCUUAUAUGGGGGUGGUUGUAAGGGGUGUCCCAUUCGUCACUGCACUAAUUUGCAAUGCAUAACUCACCAGGCAACCUCCUCCUCAGUCAUUUCUGGAGAGUUUGUCAGGUGCCCUGCUGCACGCCAGCUUCCUGCAUGGUGCAGACGCUCACAGCUUUGUGGUCGGGUUAGAUGAUGUAGGGAUUUCAUAUCCGCCGGUGUCAGACGUACCAAGACAAGACGACGGUUUCGUUGAGAAGGGGGAGAGAAUAGCCGUGUGAUCGAGCACGUGUGGAGGCAGAGAUGGAGAAGAAGCCUCGUGGUCUGGAACCUCCAGAUGUAAAAGACUACCUUAUAAAAGGGGACAGGUUCAUCAAAUGGACAGAAGAGUCAACCAGAACUUCACCUGUCACCAUGAAAAUGGACCCGAAAGGUUACUACCUCUACUGGACCAAUCAGAACCGGGAGACAGUGUUCCUGGAUGUUGCCACCAUCCGAGACACAAGAUGUGGGAAAUAUGCCAAAAUGCCAAAGCAUCCCAAGGUCCGCAAUGUCUUCAACAUGGACUUUCCAGACAGUCACCACUUAGCCAAAAUGCUGACCAUUGUGUCUGGCAUGGACAUGGUGAACCUGACCUACCAUAACUUCUUUGCCCACAAGGAGAAAGUAGUGGAGCACUGGGCGGAAGACAUCCUGGCGAUUGCUUACAACACGCUGAGGAACAACGCUUGCAAACAUGUCUUCCUGGAAAAAGUGUUCAUCCGCAUCUCUUUGCAGACCAACAAAGAUGGAAAAAUCCCUGUGAAAAACAUCUAUAAGAUGUUCCCUGCGGACAAGAAGAGGGUGGAGAGCGCUCUGGCCGCAGCCAAUCUGCCGAAAGGAAAGGGGGACACCAUGAAGCCAGAUGUCUUCACCGAAUCUGCCUUUAAAGCCUUCUUGACGCACCUGUGCCCCAGGCCAGAAAUAUAUGAAAUCUUCACAACCUACUCUACCAAGCCGUAUAUGACAAAGGAGACCCUGCUCAAAUUCCUGAACGAGAAGCAGCGCGACUCACGGCUCAAUGAGGAGCUGUUCCCGCCUCUGCGCCUGGAGCAGGUGAAGACGAUUAUUGAGAAGUAUGAACCCUGCUCCUCCACUGCCAACCGAGGCAACAUCUCCCCUGAAGGGCUCCUCUACUAUCUGAUAGGGCCCGAUCUCUCUGUUGUGGCACUGGACAAGCUCGCCAGGUACCAGGACAUGAUGCAGCCAGUGCCUCACUACUUUGUCAAGUCAUCUCACAACACCUACCUCACAGCGGGUCAGUUUUCCGGCAUAUCGUCCCCGGAGAUGUACCGUCAGUGUCUGUUGGCUGGAUGCCGUUGCUUGGAACUGGAUUGCUGGAAGGGCAAGCCUGUAGAUGAGGAGCCAAUCAUCACCCACGGUUUCACCAUGACCACUGAAAUCCUGUUCAAGGAUGUGAUCGAGGCCAUUCACGAGAGUGCUUUCAAGACUUCCCAGUACCCGGUCAUCCUGUCCUUUGAGAACCACGUUGACUCGGUCAAGCAACAGGACAAGAUGGCCAACUAUUUGAGGACCAUAUUUGGCGAUUCUCUCCUUGUUGACCCCCUGGAAAAGUAUCCUCUCGAGCCAGGCCACCAGAUUCCAAGCCCGGCUGAGCUGAUGGGGAAGAUCCUGAUCAAGAACAAGAAGAACAAUUCCGACAAACAGAGCCAGGGGGCUGCCAAGAAGACCACAGGGCCGGAUCAGCACCAUGGCAUGUCGGGCCCACAUGAAAGCCAAGAUGGGGAGGUGCUUGACGACCAUGAAGAGCAUGACGACCACGACGAGCAAGACGAAGAGAAAAUGAAGAACUCUGAUGAGGGCACGGCAGGACAGGAAGUGACAGCGUAUGAAGCCAUGUCCUCCCUGGUCAACUACAUACAGCCUAAUAAAUUCAUCUCCUUCGAGAAUGCCAGAAAGAAAAAUAGGAGUUAUGCAAUAUCUUCCUUUGUGGAGACCAAAGGGAGUGAUCUGAUCUCCAAGUCGGCUGUGGAGUUUGUCGAAUAUAACAAGAGACAAAUGAGCAGAAUUUAUCCCAAGGGCACCAGAAUGGAUUCUUCUAACUACAACCCUCAGCCUUUCUGGAACGCUGGGUGCCAAAUGGUAGCACUCAACUACCAAACUAUGGAUUUUCCAAUGCAGCUGAAUAUGGCCCUGUUUGAGUUCAAUGGCAGGACAGGUUACCUUCUUAAGCACGAGCUUCUGCGCGGAGGUGACAAGACGUUCGACCCUCACACGGACCGGCUUGAUACUAUCGUGGCCAGCACUCUGACAGUCAAGGUCUAUUCAGGUCAGUUCCUAUCGGACAAAAAUGUGAAAACAGGGGUAGAGGCAGAGAUCGUAGGGCUGCCCAAUGACCCAAAGCGCAAAUUCCGGACCAAAUGGUCAAGCACUGCCAAUGCCAUUAAUCCGGUGUGGAAUGAGGAGCCCUUUGUCUUUGAGAAGAUCCUGCUGCCUGAGAUGGCGUCCCUUAGACUUGUGGUUCAUGACGAGAGCGGGAAAUUCCUCGGGCACAGAAUAAUCCCUAUUUAUGCCUUACAGUCAGGCUACCAGCACAUCUGCCUCCGCAGCGAGAGCAAUGUGCCCCUCACCCUCCCAUCCCUGUUCGUGUACAUCGAGGUGAAGGACUACAUUCCAGCUGCUUUUGCGGAUUUCAGCGAUGCCUUAUUCAACCCAACAAAAUCCUCCGACAAGCCAACCAAGUCUUCUGAGUAUACUUGCCCCUAUGAGAUGCCCUUUCAGCCACUUCCUGGGGCAACAGAAGAAAAGAUGGAGCUCCCCAGUGCACAGACAGACUCAGGGGCGGAGACUGAAAGAUCUACCCCUCCCCCAGAGGACACUGGCCUUCAAAAUGGGGUUGUCACUUCUGACACAUCAGAAGACAACAUCAAGAUCUUGGCUCUUGCACUACACCAAAAGAGGGUUGUGUUUCAUCUGUGGAUCCUACUCCAGCUGGAAGCGAUGCAACUGAAUUUGCACCCGCAGAUGAACCUGAAGAAAGUUCCCUUGUCGCAGCUGAUGCCUUAUUCCCAAAUAAAGAGGAGCCUCCUUCAACAAACUCAGAUUUCAGAGCUCUCAACUGUGAGCAUAGAGGAGCUGACACAACACAAGAGCUUCGUCAAGGUAACCAAGAGACAGGAGAAAGAGAUAAAGGAGCUGGAGAAGAAGAACGAGAAGAAAGGAGAAGAACUGAUUCAGAAGUACAGAGACAUGUUCAAAUCCAUCAAGAAGAAGAACUCAGUGAAGAAGAAAGAGGCCGACAAGGUUGACUUGGGUGACAAGGUGACAGAGCUGAAGGCAAAGCUGCAUGCGGACCUCAAAGGCUUGCGUGAAGAUCAGUAUGAGCUGGUGAAGAAGAAGAAGGAGCAGCACACUACUGAGCAAUUAGCUAAACUGCUGGAGAUCGCCAAGGAGAGGCACACGAGCGAAGCCAAGUCCUUACGAGAGUGUCGAGAGAGGGAGGUCAAAGAUAAGAAGAAGAAGCUGACGUCCUCUGGCAAGUCAGGCUCGGGGAAGGGCAGGACACAGAAAGGAGACGAUGGAGGACAGUCAGAGGAGCAGACGAAUCAAGGCCUCUCAGAUGGGUAUGCUGCACAGCAGGAGUUACUCGAGAAGAAGCAGGCAGCCACCGUAGAGCAGAUCAAAGAGCAGACCAACCAGCUCAACCAGCAGGCCCUGGAAGAGUACCAUAACAAGAUAAGGACACUUCCCAAUGACCUGCGUGACGCCGUAAACGCUUGUGUAGGAGAGCACUUUCCUGAGCAGGUGGACCAGGGCUCCGCGGUGCAGACAGAGGGUGGCCCCUACGGCAGCAUAUUCCUGGGGUAGACCAACAAUCCAUCUCCCGGAGGUUUUUCGUAGCCUUAUAUUUAUUUUUCAGAGCAUCUAAUCGUACUGCUUGAGUUCGAUGUUGUGUUAGUCAGGAAAUUUGUGAUGAUGACAUGGGAGACAGCAACAAAGGCCCGAAAUAUAUUUUCAUUUUAAGGUAAGUUGUCAUUCCACUAAACAACAUCAAAACCCCCGUAUAAUGUAAAUAAGUGAAACAAACAUGCAGUGAAAAAACAUGCUCCUCUCUUAAAGCCUGUGUACAUCUAAGUGCCUUCGCUGGGUGCACAGCACUCGUCAGCGGGUGCCAGUCCGGGAGUAGGGUGACAAGGGUUCGAUAAAAGCCUCCUUUCAGAACAGGCGCUGAUCUGAGGCAGUGAGUCAGCCUGUCACACUGAGGCUCAGACCGUUGCAAAGAUCACUAAUAAUUUUCCUUCCUGACAGACAAACUCUGAAAUUAUGUUUGUUUUGUGAGACUAAAGAUGGAAUCCAUUUACAGGUUUUUUGAGCGUUGAAUAACUUGUUACUGGUUGACAGGACUUUUUGUCCACGGAAAUGGUAAAAGUUAAAAAAAAAAGAAAGCCGGAGUUCAAGAAGGCCUUGACUCAAGAUGAUUUCAAAUAAUACUGGACUUUGUGAACUUUCUCUUCCUGUUUUUUUUUUUUUUCCUAAGUUGGAUGUGAGUGACAUGUUGAACAGUCACGGGCCUUAAAAACACUGCUGUAAACAUUAGUCAGAAUAUCAAUGGGCUGUUGGGUUGUGACUCUCUAAUGUUAUUAAUAUUUUUCUAUACUGUACUGUAGAAUGUACUGUACAACAGUAGUGCCUAUGUUAUACUUGCCAUACAGGCUAUUCGACUCUAAUCACCAUAUAGCAGAUUUGAAAUUAUCCUUGGUUGUCAGUUUUUCUAUCAGGAAAAUCCAUGUAACAUGGCGACAGAAGCGUAAAAAAACACUAAAUACUACUCGUUUGCCUUUUGUGUGUCAUGUACCUUCACAUUUUAGUUUUAUAUUUAUAUUUAACGGAUGAAUAAUUAAGUAGCUGUUUCAGUUCUGGUUUAGAAAUUGUUUGAGAAACGUUAUGGAUUUGGGGGGGGGGGGGGGGAUUGCACCACGUACAUACUUUGUGAUGUCGUCUCUUUGAAGUAUCAAAUUUGUACACGAACACAAAUAAAGUUAAUAAACACUAACUAUAUA